AUGGUUCACGCCGCUAUUAAAAAUUCGAUCACCUUUUCUAAACUUCGCUACCUUAAACAGAUUAUUUCACUUCAAGAGAUUACUUCUACCUCUUCUAAUAAACCUAAUGCACCAUUCUCUAAGACUAAUAUUUCUUUAAAUGGUUGUCAUUGCCUUCUAAACCAACGCCCAUUAUCCGGCAUUAAGAAUGCAAAUAAAUCGAAAGUAGAGAAAUGUCAAUCUUACAGACAGUAUAGCAAUGAAAGAAAACGUUAUGUUUUGGGCAUUGAAACGAGUUGCGAUGAUACCGGGGCAGCAGUGGUGGAUUGUUCUGGAAAUAUUAUUGGGGAAAGCCUGAAUUCUCAAACCAGUUUCCAUGUGGAAAUGGGAGGAAUCAUACCAGUGUUGGCUAGAGAUUUACACCAAGCUAAUAUAGAACAAGUUGUAAAGGAUGCUAUUUUACAGGCCAAUAUGUCUUUACAGGAUAUUGAUGCUAUUGCUAUAACAACAGAACCAGGCCUAGCAAUGAGUCUAGAAGUUGGAGUUCAACAUGCCAAAGAGUUGGGUAGAAUUUAUAAUAAGCCAGUAAUACCAAUACAUCAUAUGCAGGCUCAUGCAUUAACAGUUCGUAUGAUACAAAGAUUAGAUUUCCCGUUCCUGGUAUUAUUAGCUAGUGGUGGCCAUUGUUUGUUGACUGUAGCUCAGGAUAUAGACCAGUUCUUGAAUCUGGGUAAACAUUUAGAUGAUUCUCCAGGAGAUACCUUUGAUAAAGUACCCAGACGGUUAAAGAUAAAGAAUUUGAAAGAAUGUCAGGGUCUGAGUGGUGGAGCUUCAAUAGAAUUACUGGCUAAACGUGGAGACCCAAAUUCCUUUAACAAUCCUUCCUAUCUCUCACAUGAACGAAACUGUAACUUCUCAUUCUCCGGAAUGAAGGAACAUUUUCGACAUAUUAUUAUGAAGGAAGAGAAAAAGCAAGGUAUUGAAGGAGGUAAUAUAUUAAGUAAUGCUGCUGAUAUCUGUGCCUCAUUACAAGAAGGACUAUUUAAUCAUCUCUCUCAUCGUAUUCGCCGUGGCUUGUUAUAUACAGAGUUGAAGGAAUUAUUACCAUCCACUAACCGAACUUUAGUUUUAUCAGGGGGUGUGGCUAGUAAUAUGUAUAUCCGUGAGAAACUGGAGGAGGUUUUAGAAAGUUAUGAUUGUCAGUUGAUUUGUCCGCCACCUAAAUUAUGUACAGACAAUGGUAUAAUGAUUGCUUGGAAUGGUAUGGAGAAAUUACUAAGAGGAAAAGAUCUAAUACAUGGUGAUGAAAUUGAUAAUAUAAGAUACACACCAAAGUCACCAAUUGGAGAAUAUAUCGGACAAGAUGUUGUAAAUGCUGACAUCAAAGUUCCCAGUAAUCGCAAAAAACAGGCUGCAAAGGCUUGAAACUUACUCUCAGUAUUCCAGUAUGUGCUCAUUCUAACAUCCAUUUAGAAACACCUGACUCUGGGUUAUACUCCAGAGAGUAGUCCACUGUUGUACAGUUUUCUUUUAAAUAUACUAAACAUCACCUGGCUCUGGGUUGUAUUCUGAAGUGUGAUCCAAUAUUGUAUGUCUAUUGAAUUACCAGAGUUCACUUUACUUUAAUAUUUCAAGAGAGUGGUGUACUGUUGUAUGUUUACAGAAGCACUAGACAUCACCUGACUCUGGGUUAUAUUCUGAACAGUGGUCCAUUGUUGUACUAUUCACCAGACACAGUGGUGGAGCCCCCCUCGCAGCCCUGAAAGCAAGUUUUUUGGGCAAAAAUCUCAUGACUAGGUUAGAAAUUCAGGCAAUCUCAGAUAUUUCGCCCCCCCCCCCCCCUCAAAAUGGCUAUUGAACUAAACCUGAGUUAAAUAAUGAUGAAUUGUAAUUAGACCUGAAUUAAUGUUAAUAAAAACAUGUUAUCUCUUAGCCUAUUUAAGUCAAAA